AUGCACAUUUCUCUAUUUCCUGAUAAAGGCGUUGCCUGGAGCCUUCGUAUAUUAAAAACGAGGGUAUGUCCUAGCACCCCAGACCCCAGUAAUCUUGACGAGCCCCCAGGCUAUCGAUUUCUGCUCAAGAUUGAAAUUGAAAACAAUGAUAUUGGCAAUUUCAACAUUACUCCUGUUACAUCUCGAGAUGGGGAUUACGAUGUGAAACUUGGAAUACUGUCCGGAUUAUAUAUGUGA